UUCAUUCACGCGCAAAAACAACACUCAUUCACGCAGACACGCGAGGAAGAAGUUCACGCACAAAAACAACACCCAAAUUCGUUCAAGAUCUCUGAUGAACCCUAAACCCCAAAUUGAACCACACUCAUUCUCUUCCAUGUGUGAUCUCUGAUCGUUCUCUUCCAUGGGUUCUCUUCCAAUCGUACCCUAAAUCCCAAAUUCUCUUCCAAUCUUUCUAACCAGUUUAUUUACAAAUGGGUGAUUUAUCUGAGACAACAGAGGUGUUCUCUUCUCCACCAACAGUUGUCCAGAAUAGGACUACAAUGCGAACACCAAAAUCUCGUAAAAACAGAUCUGCUGUUUGGGAUGACUUCACGUUAGAUCCUGAAUCGGAAAAGAUAGCUAUAUGUGACCAUUGCGGUAAGAAGCUCAAGUAUAAUGGGACGAGUUCAAUGACAUCACAUCUUAAGACUUGCAAGAAUAAUCCGAAUAAUGAAUCUAACAAGAGGCAGAGAAGUAAUCCAUCCUCAGUGAAUGUUGAAGGGCAGGUGAGUUCUUCCCCUUUGGUGCCUAGGUUUGAUCAAGAGAAUUUGCGGUAUUUACUUGUGAAGAUGUUUAUAGGCAUGGAACUUCCUUUUAAUAAAGUGGAGAAUCCUUAUUUCCAAGAAUUUGUAAAUGGCUUGAAUCCAAAAUUUAAUCUUAUAUCACGUACUACACUUGCACGUGAUACUUUGUUGUUAUGGGAUGUAGAAAAGGCGAAACUGAAACAUUUUCUAGCCCAACACUGCCAUAGAGUUGCCCUCACUGCCGAUACAUGGACAUCUAUCCAAAAUUUAUGUUAUAUGUGUGUCACUGCUCACUUUAUUGACAAUAAUUGGACCUUGCAGAGUAGAGUUUUAAGUUUUUGCCAAGUCACAAGCCACUCGGAAGAUGUAAUUGCAAACACUAUUGACAAUUGUUUGACUGAUUGGGGACUUAAUCGUGUCUCGACUAUCACACUUGAUAAUGCGUCCUCAAAUGAUCUUGGAAUUAAACAUUUGAAGAAGAAGCUACUGUCUUGUAACAGCUUGCUUUUGAAGGGGGAAUACAUACAUUUGCGUUGUUGUGCGCAUGUCUUAAACCUCAUUGUGAAGGAGGGGUUGAAAGAUGUUGACGACUCUGUUUUGAGAAUUCGAGGUUCAGUGAAAUAUGCAAGGGCUUCUGCCUAUAGGUUUGCAAAAUUCAAAACAGCUGUAGAACGUUCGAACACCGAGUACAAAGGUCUUGUGUGCCUUGAUGUAGAAACAAGGUGGAAUUCGACUUAUUUAAUGUUAGACUCAGCUUUAAAGCAUCAAAAGGCUUUUGAAAUGCUUGAAAUUCAGGAUCCCAAGUACACUGAGGAGCUAGUUGAAAAGGGGAAGGGUGUGCCCACAUAUAUGGAUUGGGAGGAAGCACAAGCGAUUCUGCCGUUUCUUAAAAUAUUUUAUGAUGCUACACUUCGGAUAUCAGGUUCCUCUUAUGUGGCCUCUAAUAUGUAUAUGUUAGAGGUAUUUGAUAUUGGGUCUCAGAUAAAUAUGAUGUGUCAAUCUGAUGAUGUAUUCUUACAGGGCAUGGCUCUAAAGAUGAAAAAGAAAUAUGAUAGGUAUUGGGGAAAAAUUGAGCAGUUGAACAUGUUGUUGUUGAUUUCUACAGUCUUAGACCCUAGGUACAAAUUAAGGUAUGUCAACUGGUCGAUCAGUGAAAAUUUUAAUUUACAAGAGGCAAAAGAAUUAAAAGAAUUGUUGGAAACUAAUUUGUAUCAACUCUUCGCGGAGUAUAGUGGUGUGGGGCAAGGUUCUCAAAGUGGUUCACAAUUGAGUUUAGGAGGUAAGGUAGAUCGUUAUAGUUACAACCGGUUUUUACAGUCCACUGGUUCGUCCUCUGCUCAAACUGAUUUGCAAAAGUACCUCGAGGAAUCUAUAGAAAGUCAGUUUUCCGAUGACUUUGAUAUUUUAAAAUGGUGGAAGGAAAACUCCAGCCGUCUUCCAAUCCUUGCAAAGAUGGCAAAAGACUUGUUUGCCAUACCGAUAUCCACGGUACCAUCUGAGUCUACUUUUAGUCUUGGAGGACGGGUGAUUGAUGAACAUCGCAGUUGCCUCACACCAAAAACGGUGGAAGCUCUUAUUUGUAGUUAUAGCUGCAUUAAAGGAUCGCGUAAAUCCUCAAUAAUUGAUUCACUUAUAGUUGAGGAUUACAAGGAACUUGAGAAAUUAGAGCAAGAAGUAGCUGCUAUGAAAGUUGCUGAUGCUUGUUCAGCCCCGGUUGCUCUCGAUGAAGAUUGACAAGUGUUUUUUGUUUGGUAUUAGACUAUUAGUUAUUAUGCAAACAUUUAUCUAAGGUUACAUUAGAAGAUAUGAGACAUAUCUUUGGUAUAGGAGCUACUUCCUUAGGGCUGAAUUGUUGAGCACAACAACAGAUGUUCGAAUUUUAAGAUUUACAUUGAGUACUAUAUAACUCUAUUUCUAUGUUUGAAUUUUAAGAUUUAAAAAGGAUAUAUUGAUUUUCUAGAUUAUAGUUUAUGACCAAAUGAGUAUGUACAAUUGAAAGCUGAGACCUUGUUACAAGUUAUGAAAUACUAUUGGAA